CCGAAAAUUUCGUGGACAACGAUUGCGAGGUUGAAAGGAACGGACCAAACACCACACCCUCAACACAUACAGCCGGCCAGCUCCAUCUCUUGACCACAGCAAAGGUCACCACACCACCGACACACGCAUACAUCCAUUCAUACACACAUCACAACAUACACGACACACAGACAUGAGGCGGUCGUUACAGCAGCAGCAGCAGCAGCAGAGGCAACAUGCGACACAAGCGGCGACAUCGGCGUCGUCGUCGUCGGCAUCGGCAGCAGCGGCGGGCGCCUUUUGUUGCGAGCGACACAAGGACUGGGACGAGUUCUUGUUCCAUCAGCGGCACAUCUGUGUGCUGUUCCAGUCCGUGAUGCACCCGCGCCGGCACCCGAAGCGCUUCCUGGCGACGCUGCUUGGGUGGACGGCGUUUUGUGUCUGGCUUCCCUUCUGGAACGCAUCCGUGAUGUCCUUCCUCUUCCUCUGCGUCGCGGCGCUGGCCAUCCCUGCCCACUUUAUCCUGUGCUACCAGCGCAACAUGAAGAGCAAGAACAAGAAGAUUACCAACGACCAGCGCAUCGCCAUCAACCAGCUUGCAGGCAAGAUUGCCUCUGCCCACUCGGCCGUCGAGACGGCCUGCAGUCGGCUCGCAGCGCUCCGCACAUCCCGGCCAAUUGUGUAUGUGAUCAUCAUCCUCGCGUUGGGCUCCUUCUUGUUCGGCCUCUUCUCCUGGGUCAUCUCGGACAUUAUGCUCCUCUUCAUCUGCGGUUUGUGUGCCCUGUUUGUGCUGAGUGAUUGCAGUGUCGACGAUGUGAUGCGUGCACUCCACCUCGCCGCAGCGCCACAAGAGCCACAGCGUCCAACACGCUUCAAGCGUGACUAAACCCCGAAGCCACGCUCCAACAACACCACAGAAAGUCGCCCCUCUGUCACCAUUGUGUGUGUGUGUUGUAUGUGUUGUACCGGCCAUCCUUGUGCAUAUCCAUUGCUUUGUGUUGCCUGCUUGUGCUUGGGUUCUUGGUUCUUGUGACAAAGAUUGUGUGCGUGUUGUGGCAUAACGCUCCUUCCCCUUCCACCUCUUCUUGUUCCUAUCCGUGUGGCGUGCUCUUUCUUGUCUUUCUUCUUGUUCUUAUCACCCUUGCUUGCUUGCCUGCCUGCCUGUAUGUUCCUCUUAACUGUACACUGAAUCGAUGAA